AUGUCUUCUCCGGAAGAUCUCUCAAAAAGGCUGCGAGAGGAAGGCAACGCACUACACAGCUCUCGGGACUUCGUCAAAGCGAUUCGUAAAUACAUGCAAGCAGCUCAAGCAUCCCGAGAUGAUCCAGCACCACUCCGAUGUCUUUCUGCCACUUAUUAUGAGAGUGGCCAGUAUGAAAUGUGCCUGCUCUUUGCCAAGAAAGCUAUCCAAUUGAUGAAUAAAGCAGUCAUUGGUAAUGGAGAUAGUGCCUUCACAACGCACAUUCAGACAUUGGAGAAAAGAAUCAGAAAAGCCGAGGACAGCCUACCGAAAUGUCCUCCUCAGAAACAGGACGAACGCAGAGUGGAGAUCUUGGAGCGACUUGCACGGUAUCAUCCCUCAAUGAGAUCCACUGGAGACUACGUGACUGUCGGUCAUGACAAUGCCAAAUCCCUCUUCAACGAAAGCCUUGCGCUACAAAUUCCUGCCGGCGAGACCAUCUCAUUCCUCAACAGCGGACUAGGCGAUGCUAGACACUUCCUCGCAUCGCUCAUUAGUAUCGCGCACGAAGAAGCCAAGGGGGAAAUACCAAAACGUCGAUAUCACUUCACGUUGAAUGAUAUCAACAAAUAUGCGCUUACGAGAGAUCUCAUCAUAUUCUCUCUUCUAGAUAAGCUCUCUCGGUUGGAAGAAUAUCAAAUCUUCCAGUCGGUGUACAUCUUAAACACAAUCUACUUUAUCUAUGCGGCAUGUCUAAUGCCCCCAUGGGUCAGCGAACAGCUGCAAGAAGUUAUUGCAGAGCUUUUAACAUGUCUGAGAAAUGGCCUACAGCCAUUGGAAUGGAUUUAUCUCUAUGAAGCAGAUAUUCCAUCCUACAUCGAAGCGCUCGAAAAUUGGGUAUCUGGAGGCAAAGUAGCAAACGUAUUUACCGCUCAAGAAGUAAUGGAAUCUACGAUAAGCACGAUGCAAGACUCGAUAUACAAUAAUAAGACUGCUGAAUAUUGGGAACACAUUGGGCCUUACUGCAACAAGGAGAGAGAGCUCUAUCUUGCAACUGGAGUGCUUUUGCCAUUUCCGCAAGCAAUGAAAAAGCAUGACCCCAAAUUAGUGGAUUUGAGCCGCAAAUCGCUGCACAACCCUAGAGGAAGAGAAUCAAGGCUUUUCGUGACCCAUGUUAUGACGGAUAACUGGGUAUUCAACCAGACACUGCUUGAUUGGGAUGCGCAUAUAGAUAUGGGGAAUCCGGAGCCAAGAGCCUUUGUGCGAUUCGAUCCAUUUGAUUUGUUCUCGAGACUGUGGGUGGAGCUGACGGAGGAACUGCCACCCAGGGAGGAGCAUGCCCCUAUAUUUACUCAUAUUGGACCAUUUUUCGCCGAGGCAGCAAGCGCGAUCAAAUCUUUGGAUCAGAGAUUGAAGGUAGAGAUGGUAAAAGGUGAUUACAUUGAUGUCGCUGAGAAGAUCCAUUUUGGUCUCCAUUAUGAUCCCACUCAGAGUCAGGCACUGGGCACUGAGAACAUUGGGUAUCCACGCCCAAAAGACUUCCCAUCACUUUAUUACCGGAUAGUCUUGAGCAAUGUACCCGACUAUGUCGGUGGCCAUUUAACAACAUUCCUUCAUGCAAUGCCGCUCCUCGCCCGCCACUCUACUAGUCUUGUGGGCAGUGUGUGUCUGAGAAAUCCCCCCUUUUUCCGUGACAUGGGUGACUUUCUUGCUGAAUAUCAGCUUAUAAGCAGCGAGAAGAUGCUCGAACAAUUGACCGGUGUGCGGAUUGUUUUCAAGGGGAAUGAGCCUGUGCCACUCGCCAGCUACACAUACUACUGUUGGAAUCAGCCAAUUGAAUCUGUACCGCUUUCAAAACAGGUAAAAGCCCGACUUUCUCGUGAGGAUCUGAAGAGGUGGUUUCAUGGACUUUUCUUUAGAUUGGCAGUUCCUAUGACGUCCGAUCAUCGUCUCAUUUCAGACAAUAAUCAUAUGGUCUAUUCGCCGCUCAAUCUUACGAUUCUUUUUCGUCAACUAGGUCACCUUCAUUGUUUAGGAUAUCCUUCUCAUUGGCUUUUAGAAGUCCUAGUCCCACUGCUCGAAGACGCCGGAAUGCUCAAGACUAAUGUUCGACCACCAUGCAAUGUCCCACUUCGACCCGAUCAAGUGGAUCUAAAGUAUCCGAUCAAGGAGCUUUGUAUCAUUCCCUUUGUGCCAGAAUUGAAAACUCUUGCGACGCUCUUUGCCCCUCUUCUCCCAUUCCGCAUCGAUUCAAAUCUCGUCUAUCCCAUCGAAAAGAUCCAGGAAUACACCUUUGAUCUCUCGCCAUUACCGGUGGACUAUUUCCAGCCAACAUGCCUCGUUCUCCUUUUCUGGUCACCAACUGACUGUCCCAGCGGCCACUUCCCUCCUGAAUUGUAUCCCAGUCUGCGUCCGUUUCUUGAUCCAAGCCGCCAAUAUGGCGUCGCUGAUCACGGAUCUGAAGACGCAUUGCAGAAAAUUGAGGAUUGGAGAGCCAAGGAUGUCAUUGUGUGGUCGAAUUUUAACUUUGAUUAUGAGAAGCAGGAAGCAAAGGCAUGGAUGCCGAAACAGAUUAUUGAGCAGAUGGUGAAUAGAAAAUGGAAGUGUGGGCUUAUGAGAAGAGACCUGUGGAUGGUUGUUGGGGCUACGAUUUUUUUGACCUCGAGACGCGUCAGAGACAUGGUGAAGAUGGGAAGAAAAUGGGACGAAGUUUUCAAAGAGGACGACGAGACUGAGAAGGAUGAUGAUGGUAGUAGUGAUGCUGAUAGCGAUGAUGAUGAUGCUUUCCAAGGAAGUGGCCCCAAUACUAUGGAUCACCGGAUAUUCCAAGCAGCAAUAGAGAGGAUAUUCAGCGACAGUAAGAAGCCGGGGGCCGCAAACAAGAAUGUGAUUGAUGGUGACAGGGCGAUGGACAAGAAGAAUAAGAGUGAAGAGGAUAAUGGCGACAAAAAGGAUGAAGACGGUGUAUACGAUGGAAGUGAUGAGUAUGAUGAAGAGGACUCGUUGGAUUAG